AGAAUGCCGUGUACAUGUAACAUUUCUCUCCAUCUAAUACGUAACUUCCGCCUCCUGCCACAUUCACACUUCUCCCGGUUUCUCUUUUUCCACUGCUCUCAAGUGCGUUUCUUCACAAAGAAGCCACUCUCAAGAAUUUCAAUUUUUAAAAGAAUCCAAUCCCGACCUUUUCAGUGAGCAAUAGCAGAGAUUUUACAAGUUUCAGUUUGAAGUCCAAGUGUCAGCUGCUUUGUAAGCUCCUUUGGAAACCCACCCUGGUCGAAGCCUUAUGUCUUAUCUUUCUUUCUACGAAGUUCUUUUAAAACAAAACUGUAUGGUCGUUCAAGAUAAUUAUGAUUAUACAUCUGCAACUCCUCUUUUACAGUUCCCUAAUUAUUUACACGGUCCUCAGCAGCAGCAUCAAACGAAGAGGUGGGAUGUAAAAAAUGUGUUAAAAUCCAUUAAAAUCUAUAGAAAUCAAUGAUCUAGAAUUCCAUAAGAUUUUAUUAAAAUUCCAUGGAAUCUCUCGAAAUCUAUUAAAAUCCAAGAGAUUUUCAAUCUUUAGAAAUAUUUUAAAAUCUAUGUUGGGGACACCCCCUUAGGAUUCAAUAGAUUAGUAUUCUAACUCUUUUAGCAUUUAUUAUGAAUGUGAUUUGUAAGCUCCAAUUCGUCAUUUGUGAGCAUCAUUUAUAUUGGUAUGAGUUUGAUUGUGAAUUGUUACUAUUCCUCUCGUUAUUUAGUUAGUUAGUAUUAGUAUUAGUUGAAGGGUUUGAUUCUUCCCAAAUAUCGUUGAAGAGUUUGAUUCUUCCCAAACACCAGAGAUCACGUUAGAAAGAAAAGGACAUCUUCUUGAAAAUUGACUCAUUCUCAAACGAUAUCGAUUGAUGAAAAUAUGUAAAGAACAAUUGUUAAGUUGUAAAGUUGUGUAAUUUUUAUAGUUGACUUUGACUAAAACUCUUGUUUCGGUAAUAUUUUUUUUCUUUGGUUUUUUUGUUGCAAUAUACUCCCUCCGUAACUUUAGAAUCUUCCCAUUUCAAAAGUAGGUAGAUUAAGAAUAGUGAAAGAUGAUAUGAAUUAUUGAGGGUAUGAUGGGAAAAUAGUGGAAUAAUGUGGUGGAAUGUAGGAUAAAUCCAAAAAAAGUAGUUGUAAUAGUGUAUUAUUUUAAGAAUUAUUGAGGGUAUGAUGGGAAGAUUUAGAAAUGAGAAGAUUUUUGUGUUACGGACAAAAAAGGAAAGUGGGAAGAUUUUUAAGUUACGGAGGGAGUAUGUUCUUUUGUUGUUUCAAGGGGUUCUCUGACCACUCUUAUCUCCCUUGGCUCCGCCUAGAGUCAAGACAAGAUCAUGCACAUAUUUCAUAUGACAAACCAUAUUUCACUAAGCAUGACUUUUUGUAUCUAUUUUGACCGUUCAUGUUGUUUUGCUAAAACGGUGAUUUUUUUUUGUUGCAAUAUACCUUAUUUAAUUAAAUUUUGCCCCCUGGAUGCCAAAACUGGAUCCACCCCUUGGUUCAGUCCCAUCAAAUCAAGUCCCCCCAUUCAUCUCUUAUCAGGUGGCUUCAUAAACUUGUUCCUACUAAGACAUGGAAGAAGUAGAAUCCGCAUUCAACGCGGCAAUUCAUCCAUGUUGGGCAGAUAUUGAACUCGCCGAAAGCUACCUUGUGUGCUGUAUGUACCAUGAUGCUGCAUCUUUAUCCCACUCUAUACUGAAGCGUUUGUUAGAAGGUAUUAGUUCUCACAAGAGUAGUGAUGAGUUGGAUGAUAUGUUGCAGUCAGCUGGAAUGGUCUUUGUUCAGUCCUUGAAUCAACUUGGAAGGGCAUCACAAGUACUGAAAGAACUUAAGUUGUUGUUUGGUUCAGUCACUACCAUCCCUUUUCAAGUCUUUUUUACCUGGGCAUGUUUCCAAAUACCUGACGACAUUUCUUCUGAUUUUCAAGAAGUUCUUGAUGAAUUUCUUAGCAAAUGGAAAUACAUGGAGGCAAAUUAUUAUGCUUCUCGAAGUGUUGAAGGUGACGUUGCUCAUGGAGAGAGCUUCAGUAAGCAGCAUGUGUUGGGAGUUGAUGAAUAUCUGAAAGUUGUUGAGCUCUAUGUGAUAACAUUUCUUGGAAGAACUAUAAAGAAUGUUGAUCUUGCAAUCUCAUGGGUUGAGAAAGCCAGUUUACCCGAGAAAAAGCGUCAGAAUCUGUUGAGACAAUUAUACUCCAUGAACACUUCUGAACUCGGCAGUUCAUCAGAGUCCAAUGCAUCACUAUUGCAAAUAGAUGAACAUGUGCCUCAAUCUUCUUCCACAAAGGAUGAAAAAACUGGUUCUGCAAACGAUCUGGAGAAUAAUUCAAAACAAGCGCUUAUUGAAAUGUACAAAAAGAGAGGAUCCUGUUGGUGGUUCCGCACCAUAAGUUUGAAGUUUAGGAGUACUCGAUUCAUCAUAUCAAAUGGAAAUAUUUUCCUAUGCUUUCUAGCUCUUAGCUUAUUUCAUCUCAUGAGGAGGAAGUCAAAUUUUAAGAGCAUUCUUAUAAAACAAGCUUCAUCUGUGAGGAAGGCUUUGGGUGAUCUUUGGGAACUUGCCUUUUCAUACCAGGUGAACCCACUUGCUGCAGUUGCUGGAGUUCAAUCUCUCCCUAGUGCAGCGCAUGGAACCCGCUGAUGUCGCUACCAUUUUCUUUGUCGUAUUAUCUUAACAUGCAGUAUAGGAGGCAUAACAAACAUACCGUGUACCUUGGAUAAAUAUUACUACAUCAGAUUUUGUGCAGUAGUUCAGGUGGAGAUCAUUAACAUAUGAGAUAAAGGUCAUUUUGUUAAUUUCCUGAUUUUUCAGAGUAACGAGGAAGUUGUCAAUCAGAUGA